CCCAAGAUGGCUCCUGUGAAUGUCUCAGUCCCAUAGCAAAUCGAGGAUGCAAGUAGCUGGCGAAAAAACAACUUUUCCCCGACCGUCGCGUCCCCUGGAGUUCAAUCCGUAUGUUGCGGAGGAAGCUCUAACGUCCGUGUAGGCACCGAGCAGCCGUCGGAGCUCCGCGGAAGCUUCUUCAAUCCACCAAUUUGGAGUAGUUUCGCGAAGUAGCUCUUCUCCUCGCUGUCGCUGUCUGUCCGGAGCGAGGUUCAGGCAGGCAGGCGGCUCAUCCAAAUGGCCGAACCGAGAAAAGUGCAAUUUGUCACCCUCUCGGCCUUCGCAGCUGGAGCAGCCGCGGAGUCUAGGAAACGCCGGUUAGAGGAUGAGGCCGACUUCAACUUCGACAGAGCCGGGGAGGUCGAGGCAGCGACCGGGGCAGGAGGUGCCGCCAGCAACGGUCGUCUCGGCAAAACCGGCGACAGGGACAAGACUGCAGCCGAGAAGAGGGCGACUGUUCGGCUCAACCUGUCCCUGUCCGAGCCCGACGACCGCUCCUCCGCCGAGUUUAAUUACGGCGAACUCAUCCAAAACCUCCAGGCAAAGAAAAAUCCUCCAAGUUUGACUACAACCAACAAUCCCCAGGAUCCCUUCAAUGACGAAGAGAAAGAGCGGCUCCAGGUUGAAGCCCUGGCAAAAAAGUUUGAAAAUAAAUAUGGCAACACAGGCAAGAAGAAAAGGAAGGACAGAAUGCAAGAUUUGAUUGAUAUUGGGUUUGGCUAUGAUGAGACAGACCCCUUUAUAGACAACUCAGAAGCUUAUGAUGAGCUAGUGCCUGCGUCUCUGACCACAAAGCUGGGGGGAUUUUACAUCAACACUGGCACGCUGCAGUUCAGAGCGGCCUCUGACUCUGAGGGAGAGGAGGACAAGAAGCUGAACAAUGAGAAGGAGCAGGUGGUUAAGAAGAGGAAAAAGAAGGAAGGGAACAACCUGGAAGAGAAGAACCCGAAGAAGAACAAACUACCUAAACAAGGAGUGACGGCUCUCAACCUCCACCGGCCGGAGAAGAAGAAGCGAAAGAAGCUGAUGAAGGACUCGCUGUAUCUGGCAGCCAUGCUCCGCCGCUUCACCCGGGAGAAAGAGGAGAUGAGGAAAAGAAACCCCAACAUGGCUCACCCCGGCCUGGCAGGAGGUGUGGCUAACAAGCCCCACUCCGGCAACUCAACGAACCACCUGUUAGCCUCUAACUCCACUCACCCGCAGGGCAACGCAACCGGCAACGAUCUCUCGCUGGCAGACCUCACCUCGGACCCCGCUGUGAUGUCACUGCUGGGCUCGGCCAAUGAGAAGGAGCUGCAGGAUCUCCUAGGCGACCUGGACUUCAGCUUGUUGGAGACUGACCAGCAGCACGCCAUGGCGACAGCCAGAGAGAACGGCAUUCUGGGAGUCGGUGUUCCAACUCAUAAAGCAGCAGUAGGAGGAGGUGGCCAAGGGCGAGGCCUGGGGUCUUCCAGCGGACUGUUUUCCCCGCCCCCGCUCCCCAGUGGACUGCCUGCUCCUCUUAUUAAACGCAUCGAGGACCUGCGGGCGGCCUCGCGGCAGUUUGAUCAGGAGGGCAGGAAGAAAUUUUUCACCCUGGACAUGAAUAACAUUCUUCUGGACAUUGAGCUGCAGGUCCAGGAGCAGCCACCUGAGGUGCGUUCAGACAUCUACUCGCACAUGGAGGCGUUUGUUCCAUGCAAUAAGGAAGCGCUCCUCAAGCGCCUGAAGAAGCUCAGCCUCAACAUCCAGGACGAUCGCCUGCGGACGCCACUGUUGAAGCUGAAGCUGGCGGUGUGCAGUGUGAUGCCUGAGCAAAUAGCAAAAUAUAACAUGGACUGCAUGGCCAAGGUUGCAAAGCAGCAGUCUGAGGAGGGCGAUAAAAACGGCUCAGAAGAGGAGGAUGAGGAGAAACCUGGGAAAAGAGUGAUGGGCCCACGGAAGAAGUUUGUCUGGGAUGACAAGCUCAGGAACCUGCUGUGCAGCUUGGUGCGAGUGAAGCUGAGCUGCUAUGAGAUGGAGAAUCAGUGUGCUCUGUCUGUGGAGGACUACCUCAAGGCCUUCUUAGAGAAUGAGGUCAAACCACUAUGGCCUAAGGGCUGGAUGCAGACCAGGAUUCUGUUCAAGGAAAGUCUCACCGUUCACAAUCACCUCACUGGAAACCUAGUCAAGAGGAGGAUGGUUCCUGGACCCAAGGCGAAAGCCAAGGAGGGUCUUUGGAUCCACAAAACGCCUCUCACGAUGACCUCCACUUCAUCUCUGCCCACCUCCACGUCCGCUCUGACAUCCAGCCGCCAGCCCCUCUCCUCGUCUUCGCCCUCGGAGCCCAUCUGUCUGUCGGACUCUCUGGACGAGGACCUCACUGCUCCCUCUCUGGACUCCAUCUCUCACGCCCUGGCCCUCCUCAGCAAUGCAUCCAAGGGCCUCGGUCCCUCGGACAGUCCUUUGUCGCCCCCUCCGCUGCAAAUCCCCACCUCCUCUCCUCCCGUCACCCCUCACUACCCCUCAGCCACUCAGCUCUCCGCCUCGGUCGCAUCCACGACACAGCAACAUUCCCUGUCGAAGGUGGAGAACGCUCCGCUGGCAGCUGUGUCUGCUGGGAACUUGCCAACAUCCACAACGCUACCAACCUCCUCUUCUACCUCCUCUUCCUCGUCUCCGGUGGUCUCCUCCAUGGUUCGUGUGCAGGCAGCAGGCCUGUCGCUGGCCUCCAGGACUGCAGAUGGACACUACGGCCCGAUCAAAGGAUCUAUGGGCCAAACCCAGACUCAGAGACAUGUUGCCAUGGCGCUGCCCAAUCAUAGGCCGAGCUCCGUGAUGGGCAAAAUGCAUCCACACCCCUCCCCCUCCCCUCCAAAGCAGCGACCUCCUCCCACAGCUUCCCCUCUGCUGCCCCCCCAUCAGAAAGGCUUUGCCAGCCCAGCAGGGAUACUGGGAGCUAUGGGAUCUACUCCAGGACUGACCAAGAGCAUCGCCAAAUCCAGCGGCAUCAGCAGCAACGGCAGCAUUGUCAACAGCAACAUCACACCUUCUUCCUCACCUUCGCUUCAGUCCCGCUCCAACUCUACCUCCCACCACGGUCUGCAGUCCUUCUGCCCCCCCUCCCCUGCUGCCUCCUCUCCAUCCCCCACCUCACACUCCUCACACACCUCACACUCCUCUCAAGGUAAAUCCCACACACACCAUCACCACCAGCCCAACUUCAUCACACCCAUGCAGGCCACCCUCACCAAGUCCUCCCACAGCAGCAACUCCUCCCCCAUCAUCAAACUCACCCCUCGGCCUCCUGCACCUACCCCACCUCCCUCGUCCUCCCCCUCCCCGUCGUCCUCGCCCUCCCACCCGCUCUCCCAUCAGAUGAUCCCCAGCCAACAGCAGCAGCACCAGUACUCUCCCAAAACCCCCAAAACCUUUCGACCUCCCUUCAGUGUGUCGGGCGGUGGGCAGGUGAAGCAAACGCAGGGCAGCUGCAGCUUCGCUGGGGGGCAGAAAUCUCAGUCCACCACUAGCAACAGUAGCAUCAACAACAAAGCAGUGGUAUCAGCAAUCUGCAGUCAUCCAGAUAAAACUCCCCCUUCUUCUUCACCUUCGGUCUCAGCCAAUCAUGGGCAGAGGCAGAGGGUGGUGGGCGGGGCCAACCAGGGCUCAAAAACAGGAAAUGGUUGGGCGGCUUCAGGGACUUUGGCCACGUCCUCGACAACAUCACACCUCUCACAGGUCUCAAGCGCAGGCUCUCCACUCCUGGGCAGCCCCUCUGCUCUGCCCCUGGGCUUUGGGAUGUUAGGAGGCCUUGUGCCCGUCUCACUACCCUUCCAGUUUCCCUCAUUGCUCAAUUUCAGCCCUCCUGGAGCCCCAGGGGCAGCUGGCAUGGGCUCAGCCCCCAGCUCCAACUCAGGAUACCCGCUAGCACAGAGCGACCUAAUGGAUCUGUAUAAGAGUCUCCAGUCAGGGUCGCAGGCUGCCCUACCUCCUCACUUGCAGCUUGCUUUCUCAGAUGCGAACCAAAGCCAGGGUGGAGACAUAAAGAGGAAAACCCACUGACCAAUAACGACGCAGGAGACGAUGCCAGCGUGGUGACAUCACAGGCUCCUGGAGACAUCCACCAAUAGGAAUCUUCACUUUGACUGACAGGAUGAUGCGGUAUGAAGUGGGCGGGGCUCCACUGCCUCUUUUGAAAACGGACCUAAAGGAGAGUCAGUUUAUCCUCGCAACAAGUGGCAAUGAUGAGUUAAUUUAACUGUCUUUUUUUUCUAACGAACCGGGUAUGAGAACAAGACGGCGUGAAUGACGAGAACACUUAUUUUCGUUCCGCUUGUUUUUAUUUUUGUCAACAUGUUUACAUAUGACCGACCUUGAUCACUGUGGAAUGAGUGUGAGCGAGGUGGUGGCGGUGGUACGGCUGAGAGCAGUAGUACGCUACAUAAUAUAAUUUGUAUUUAAGCUUAUGUGGAAUAACAGGACUCUUGUUCUUGCAGUACAAAAAGAAAAAAAAGAAAAACAGACCGAGUAAUGAAUUUUUUUUGUUUUUCUGUCUUUUGUCUCAGAUGUGGGAAUUGUCGUGUGUGUAGAAGUUUAUUGUUGGUCACCUCUGCUCCCACAAAUGACUGUUAAGUAGUAGCUUAAAUUAAUAUUGAUAAAUUAUUUGUAAUUUACACAGGGACAAAAACAUGUUGUGUGCGUGAGUGGUGAGGUUGAUUUGAAUGUGUGUAUGUACAUAAAAUACACUAUAUACUGUUAAAUUCUUUCCAGAUUAUUCUGUAUGACUGGGUAAGGACGCGUAUCCCCUGUUCACAAUAAUGAGCAAGUGUAAGUUUGAUGCCCCUCUCUUGCUCAGUGUGUUUUUGGUGCUGUUUAAUCACACUGGACCUUUUCUGAGGGGGGGAAAAAAAAAAAAAAAAGACUUGAAUUGAAAAAGUUCUGGGCUCCUCUCCUGGACGGAGGAACCGCCUGUGAGAGAGGGGAGAAUCGACAAGAUUGUAGCCUACUUGAACUGUUUUAUUUUUUCUUUGUUUUUUUAACUUUAUUUUAAAUGAAUUAAGUUUUUUUUUCUCAGCUUAUUGACUCAAACCAACUUAAUAUAACAAAACGCCUUAGUUUGUAUUGAAAAAGUAUGAAAAAGAUCUAUGCAGGACUGUAAACGCUCAAUGCAAAAGUGCAAGUCGUGGCUUGGCUUUCAACCUCUACUCAACAUGUCAGUGCAUUUCUUGAGUUGUGAAUGUUUGUAGAUCCCGUUAUGUCACUUGAGACUCCUUAUUUUUUCCGAUGUGUGUUCAGACAGAAAAGCCAAGUGAGUUCAAGACGCAGCGCAAUGACAUAUAUAAUCAACUGUAAGACUGGAAGAAAUUUGAUGCAAGUUAGCGGUAGAAUUGUGUCAGAAAAUGAAACAGAAAAUGUUUCAGUAUGGCCCAAAAUCUGCAGAAAUGGGGGAAAAAUUUGAAUAACCGGCCCUUUUUCUCACUUAAAAGUGCUGAACUCUGAACUGAUCUCACCAGAUAAACCACACAAAUGAGCUACGAGUUGUUUAUUACACGUGUAGCAGUUUAUUACCAAGUGAAAGUGGAUACAGAUUGUAGUUCUUAUAAAACAUUACAUGAAAUGAUUAAUAUUCUGCUAGCAGUGGCAAAUUUGCAGCCGUUCAUUUGCAAACGUUGCAUUCAAGUUAUGUCAGUUAACCAGAAGUUGGAAGCUGCUGUUACAAAAACCAAUGCAGUUUAUUGAAUUACUUUUAUUUAGAAAUGCAUAAAACAACAACAAAAAAGUAAUUCAGGCUGUUUAUCUGACUUGACGUCAGGGUUAGCUUGCAGGCUAAACGCACUGGAAAUAACCUACUUAUUAUAUUUAGUAAAUGCAGCACUAAAGUGUGUUUUUAUGUACCACUUUUAAUCUAUAGGAAACAGAUUAAAAGAAAAAGGGUUGAACGCAGCCACUCUAACUGUUCAGCUACAUUUGGCUGUACAUAUGGUCAAAUUGUGGGUAAUUUAUGCUGCAAGGCUGAAACUGACUUCGCUGUGUCUGAACACCUUUAGAGAAAACUUCCUUCAGCUGAAUACCUCCGUUAACAAAACUCGUUCUUCCUGAGUCUCUCUGUCCUCUGAAGACUGGUUCCCGCCCUCCUCCGCGUGUGUCUGGCUGACCGGCUGCACCGAGAACGACGCCAAAGAUUGUUCUGUAGCUCCUCACGAUGGGGUGCCGCUGGUCGGAGCGUGUUUGUGUGACUUUUCCCACAUUUACCCCAAAAUGUAAACCCAUCAUGCGUGGUCCUUCGGGAUGUCGUUGUGAAGUCAUGUGACUGGAGCAGUGGGUGACAUACAUUGUGCUUUCUUUUGGGGUCUGGGGGAGAUACAACUGUCAUUUUGUGGUUAUCUGGUUACUUAAUUUGGUCUUUUGUAGAUUAUUUUUCUGUGUCUAUUAUGAAAUUAAACAAAACAGGUGGUUUUCA